UUGAGCCACGAAAUUAUCUCACUUAUUCAAGUAUCAUCGCGCGUAUCUAAACAUUCUUUUUCCCCCCAACUAUGCAAUCAUUCGGUUAUCUCCGGGGAGCUGAGACACCUUGCUCUCGUUAUCAAACUUGUGCGACGAUUUUCCAGUUUUUGCUUGGAUAAUAAAAAAAAGAGAAGGGAAAUUUAUUCAGUUUAGUGAGUGUGCAGUGCUUGUUAACGCGUAUUAUUUUUCUCAAUGAUUGUUCGUUCUCUUGGGACUCAUUAGUCGUAAAAAUACAAUUAUCGAGGGCUUUACGUAAUUUUGAAUUUGCAAAUUGACGGUGCAGUCGCGGAAUUAGUGGAGAAGUGAUAUUUGACGAAUUUUAAUUCGUUAAGGAUCGUUGGGAUUUUUCGAAUGCUCAUGGGCUGAGGGGGAUCCCUCUCUCUCUCUCUCUCCUUCUUCAAAUGUGAUUUAAUGUGACACAUGACCGAUGCGACUGAUAAUACAACUUGAAAUACCGAACAGCUGGGAAGAGGGAUAUGUCCAGUAAUUUAUUGUAAUACAGUGAUAAGUGUUAUGCCCGGUGAACUGACGGAUCCAAUGUAUGCUGGAGUAGAGAGACCAUCUUCGAGGAGGAGAGCGUACACCUGGAAUGCCAGGAGAAGGUCCACUAAUGAGAUCGUUCCACCCCAACGGCCUACGCGUCUCUCUCUCGCGGAACCACAGCCCAUUAAUGACGAAGCUACAAGCAGGUUGAGAUUGCGAGUAGUCGCUGGUCAUCAACUUGCUAAGAAGGAUAUAUUUGGGGCCAGUGAUCCUUACGUGAGGAUUGACCUGUACCCAAUUGAAGGGCAUGAGACAGUCGAUUCCGUACUUACGAAAACGAAAAAGAAGACACUCAAUCCUGUCUGGGAUGAGGAGUUCAUUUUCAGGGUGAAGCCGAGUGAACACAAACUAGUACUUCAGGUAUUCGACGAGAAUCGUCUGACGAGAGAUGACUUUUUGGGGAUGAUAGAGCUGACACUGGCCAAUUUGCCGAAGGAACAGAUGGGUAGGACGAUACCAGCUAAACAGUACAUUCUGCGUCCACGUAGUCAUUCCAGCCAACGGGCCAAGAUCAAGGGAACCCUGGAGAUUUAUCAUGCUUAUAUUGGGGAUUCGUCGACUCCAGAGAGCAAUGAUGAUAAUGUCUCGGAUUCUGGGGGGUGGGAACUGCUGGAUCAACCGAGUCCUACCUCUAAUAAUAGUCCUGUUCAACAGUCCGAUUCAACACCAAAUGGGCCACUGCCACCGGGUUGGGAGGAACGUCAGGAUGCAAAUGGCAGAACCUACUAUGUCAAUCAUAUAGCCAGAUUCACUCAGUGGGACCGGCCAACUACAACUAACGCAGCACCAGUGGGUGGUGUAACCGUAGAGCAACGAAAUUUAGAUACAGCAGCGACUGAAUUCCAACGAAGAUUUCAUAUAAGUGUGGACGACGCUGAGAGUAGAUCCCAUCGAAGUUCAGCCAUUAGUCAGGAUCGGGAAUUAACUCGAGAGGAAGACGGAGAUAGUGAUAAUGGGGGAACAUUCGUUGGUGAUGUUUCCUCCGACUCUGGACUGUCUGUCGACCAACGGGGGUAUCUAGCUGAGGGUGAUGAUCAGAGUGACGAUAACGUCGACAGUCCAGCGGGCUCUAGACGAUCUUCCGAACAGCCAUCAUUGCCGAUUCCUAACGGUGACGGACUGCCUCCUGGCUGGAGUAUGCAGCUGGCCCCGAACGGUCGAAUGUUCUUCAUCGAUCACAACGAGAGAGCAACGACAUGGGUGGACCCACGAACAGGUAGACCCAGUCCAAUGCCCAAUCACAAUCUGCCUUCAACGACUCCACGAAGUGAUCUGGAUCAACUGGGACCCUUGCCAGAGGGCUGGGAGGAGCGUGUUCACACCGAUGGCCGCAUAUUCUUCAUCGAUCACAACACCAGGACAACCCAGUGGGAGGAUCCACGCAUGUCAAAUCCCCAGAUAGCUGGACCCGCUGUACCAUAUUCACGUGAUUACAAGUUGAAGUACGAAUAUUUGAAAUCACAGCUGAGAAAACCAAGCAGUGUGCCCAAUAAGUUUGAGAUCAAGGUGGGAAGGAGCAAUAUCCUCGAGGACUCCUAUCGAAUCAUCAGUUCGGUCAACAGAGUUGAGAUACUGAAGACCAAACUGUGGGUGGAGUUCGAGGGGGAAGUGGGGCUCGACUAUGGGGGACUUGCCCGGGAAUGGUUCUUCCUGCUCUCCAAGGAGAUGUUCAAUCCUUAUUAUGGACUGUUUGAGUACUCGGCCAUGGACAAUUACACUUUACAAAUCAAUCCAUUCUCUGGAGUGUGCAACGAGGAACAUCUGAAUUAUUUCAAAUUCAUCGGACGUAUCGCUGGAAUGGCUGUGUAUCACGGAAAACUUCUAGAUGCAUUUUUCAUUCGUCCGUUCUACAAAAUGAUGCUCGGCAAGCAAAUAGACCUGAAGGACAUGGAGUCAGUCGACUCGGAGUACUACAAUUCCCUCCUCUGGAUAAAGGAGAAUGAUCCAUCAGAGCUGGAAUUAACAUUUUGCGUGGACGAAGAGAGUUUUGGUCACACAUCCCAGAGGGAAUUGAAGGCAAACGGUGCAAAUGUACCAGUGACAGACGAAAACAAAGACGAAUACAUAAGUUUAGUGAUUCAAUGGAGGUUUGUAUCGCGUGUUCAGGACCAGAUGAAUGCAUUCCUCGAUGGUUUCAAUGCUCUCGUGCCACUUACACUCGUUAAAAUAUUCGAUGAGCACGAGUUAGAGCUGCUCAUGUGCGGUAUUCAACACAUUGAUGUCAAAGAUUGGAAGAAAAAUACACUUUACAAGGGGGAUUAUCAUGCUAAUCAUAUCACUGUCCAGUGGUUCUGGCGUGUUGUAUUGUCAUUCAACAAUGAAAUGCGUGCUAGACUGCUGCAAUUUGUUACUGGCACCUCUAGAGUACCCAUGAAUGGGUUUAAGGAGCUGUAUGGGAGCAAUGGACCACAGUUGUUUACUAUUGAGAAGUGGGGAACACUGGAGAAUUAUCCUAGGGCUCAUACUUGUUUCAACCGAAUUGAUUUACCACCAUACGAGAGCUAUCAGCAACUGAGGGACAAACUAAUAAAAGCAAUCGAGGGCUCACAGGGAUUUGCUGGUGUUGAUUAGCGCGAGAUACCAUUUUUUAUGAUAAUACCUGUAAUAUAAUGUAUAUACGUACCCACGGAUAUAUACAAGCUUUUCGUAUCAACAAUUCCCGUUGGAGAAAUUGACAAUUAUGCCCAUUAAAAUUCGCAUUGAUUUACAUUGUCCACUGAAUAGUCCCCUUGUUUCUCAGAGUUUAAACAAUUUGCAAUCAGUUCUUCUAGAGUUUAAAACGUGUAAAUAUAUUUAUGAAAAAAUUCUGUUACACUAUUUCCAAAUGCAGAGGUAAGAGUUGUAAUGGAGGAAUUCUCUUAGGGAAACGAUGAUAGUGAGACGAUCGCAAUAAGGCCAUACUGAGUAAUUAAUUUUUCCAAUUGCAACGUAGAUUAACACUUGGAAUAUGCCUGUUUUAAAAUACUUUAUUGAGUCCUUCGACAAUUGAGGAGGAUUGAUCAUCGAUGUCUACCUCUUAGUCAUGCCAUCUUUCACUGCUGUAGUUGUUUGGGGUUUUUGGGCGGGUUUUCUCUUGCGAAAUUUCUCGCCAAAAAAUUUAAUUUGGAAACGCUAAUUGCUGAACAUUUUUCAGUCAAAAUAAGGGAUGUGAGGCUCGCUUUUGAAAUUGGAAUCUCAUUUUGAAUUUGAAUUCGAGUCAAUCAAGGAGUUUUGUGAAAAAUUGAUAAAUUUGGAAUGUUUUGAUGUCAUUUUUUAAUUUAACUGGAAUUUAUUGGGAAAUUUGGAGAAUUGGCUGCGAAUUCAGAGGCUCGAUUAUUUUCUCCUUUUUUAUAAUUUUUUUAGAUUAAAAAAUUCCUUUAAAAAAUUUAUUUCCGAGGAUUUUUCAUGAAAAAUAAAGGUUGAUGUGAGGCACGGAUUUGAGAUUGAAAUUGAAUUUUCAAUUCGAAGCUGUUUCAUUCACAGAGGCUCAUUCUCCCAGAAUAUUAUAUUGAAAGGUAUUAUUCCACAUUAUGAACAUAAAAAAUUACGCAUUUUGGGAGAAGCCAGAUAAAAAUGAGAAAUUGGGAGAAAUUUUUUGGGGAGAAUUUUUUAGCGAGAAAUUUCAACGAUUUUUAAAAUUGAAUUAUGAAGAAUAAAUUAUUUCGGUGAAUUACUCACAUUGAGUGAAUCUCAACAUUUAUGGAGGCACAUAAAAAAUUUAUCUAGUGCAUAACAAGACAUGCAAAAUUGUUCUUAACGGGGGAACAAUAAAGGGACUCACUCGACCGAAAAUCCGUGGCUGAGGAGCAGAUGUCGAUCGAUACACAAUAUGUAAAUGAUUGAAAUGCCAUCAUCAAAAUUACUUAACGAUGGUAACGUUUUAUCGAAUCAUGUUCUAGCAACUAAGAUAUAUAUUUUUUGAAAUGUUAACGAAUAUUUUAAGGGUUUUAACAGGUGAAACGACAAAAAAAAAACGAAAAAAUGGAAAAAAAUGGAACUAUUUUUUGUUAGCGAAUAUACAGUAGACAAAUUUUACAUUAGUAUCACUGAUAUUUAGUUAUUACUGGCGGAUUAUGCGUUUUUAUUUCGAACAUGGAGGCGAAGGAAUCGUGGGAACGAGAUGAAUCAUGUAGCCGAUGUUAAAUUCAUGUAUAUUUCAAUUAUAAUGACUUGAUUAUUGCCAAGUGAA